AUGUAUAAGAAUCAGCUUCAAGAGCUAGCACAGAGAAGCUGUUUUAGCUUACCAUCAUAUACUUGCAUAAGAGAAGGACCAGAUCAUGCUCCAAGAUUCAAAGCUUCUGUUAACUUCAAUGGUGAGAUAUUUGAGAGUCCAACUUACUGUUCCACUCUCAGACAAGCUGAACAUGCAGCUGCUGAAGUUUCACUCAAUGUCCUUUCCUCUAGAGUUCCAUCAAAGUCUCUAACUGCUAAGAUUCUUGAUGAGACAGGGAUUUACAAGAACUUGCUUCAAGAGACAGCACAUAGAGCUGGUCUUGAUCUACCAAUGUACACAAGUGUAAGAUCAGGAUCUUGUCACUUCCCAGCUUUCUCUUGCACUGUGGAACUUGCUGGGAUGAGUUUUACUGGAGAAUCAGCAAAGACAAAGAAACAAGCUGAGAAAAACGCAGCCAUUGCUGCUUGGUCUUCUUUGAAAAAAAUGUCAAGCUUGGAUGCUGAAAAUGGUGAAGAGAAGGAACAAGAAGUAGUAGCAAGAGUACUCUCAAGAUUCAAGCCAAAAGAAGUAAGAAGAAGAGAGACAGCAAACCAAUGGAGAAGAAGAACAAGUCAUCAACAAGACACAACAAACAAGGACUUGUUGAUUGAGAGAUUGAGAUGGAUCAAUCUAUUGACAAACGAAUCUUCAUCAUCAUCGUCAUCAACGCAGAAACAACUCAACAAAACCAGUUUCUUCUCUCUGCUUCCGUCAGCACAAAGCCAGCCAUUAAGAACAAAUCUUCAGCAACAAUUCAAAGGCAAAUCAGCAGAAGAAGCUAAGCCAGAGACAGAGAAGAUCAUCACAAAGUCGUUUCCUUUACCAAUGGCUGAUCAUAAGACCAAACUCAAGGAAUCAUCAUUCGGAUUCGGUAACCAAAUCCCCUUUUCCGACAAAGGCAGAUUCAGUUUCGCCGGAGGUUGUAGUAAUAGGCUAGCUCCAGCAGUUCAAAUCCGAUCAGUGAUUCCAGUUUUCGCAGCUCCACCAUCGAAACCAAACCUUAACCAAUCAUCGUUAUCAACAAAUCCUUGUUCUGUUCCUAAUACGCCGGGAUUGGGAGGUCAAGAGAAGAGUGAACAAUCGAAAAUUUUGGAUCAAACCCAUGAUUAG